AUGGACAGGUACGAAAGGCUUGAAAAUAUAGGAUGGAAAGAGAACAAUCGGCCAGUUCAAUACAAGUAUCGCCACAUGGAGAUUGGCAAUGUGGUAGCUGUAAAGACUCUCGUUAUGCAAUCAAGUGAUGAUUUUGGUGUUCCAUGCAUGACACUCAGAAAAAUCUCCCUUCUCAAAGAGAUUGAGCAUCAAAAUGUUGCCAGGUUACUUGAUAUAAUAUACGACGAGAGAUUAUGUCGUAUUCAUCUCAUGCUUGAGUAUGCGGAUACGGAUCUAAAAUCGCUCAUCCAAGUCAAUCCAGUGAGAGCCACCAAUCGAAGGUUUAUAAGAAAUACCUUGGAACAAAUUCUUCGUGGCCUCUAUUGUUACCAUUCUAUUAACUUUGCACAUGGAAAUCUAAAUCCUACCAACGUGCUACUCGACCGCACUAAUCUCACUGUGAAGCUUACGGACCUUGAUUGGAUUAUAACUCCUUCUUACAAGGCACCUGAACUUCUCUGUGAUCCCUCCGCUGAAAUAACUCCAGCUACGGAUAUGUUCUCUGUUGGCUGCAUAUUUGCUGAAAUGCUAACCAGAAAACCUCUGUUCGAUGCUAAAACCAAGUAUCAUGAAAUUGUCAGCAUUUCCAGGCUCGUGGGUAGUUUUGAUAGUUACACCACUGACCCACCUGGAGAAAAUGGGCCUGGGCCUGCCUCCGAAGAUCAGGAGACAACUUUUAGGAUCACUCGGAACCUUGAAAAAAUAAUUCCUGAUUUUAAACCAGCCGGGAUUGAUCUUCUUUCCAGAAUGUUGUGUCCGAAUCCAAGUAGAAGGAUUACUGUUGAAGAAGCACUCAAGCAUUCUUACUUCAAAUUGGGUGUUCUAAAUGCUAACCCUUGA